UUGCAGGACCAAUAUCGUGAAGAAGAGAUUGAGGAGUUUCGCGAGUUGCAGCGUGAGCUUGAACAAAAUGCAAAAAAUUGCCGAAUUUUGCAAUUUAAGCUCCGGAAAUCGGAGCGUAGUCGCGAGCAACUGGAUGCCGAGAAACAGCACCUCGAAGCUAAAGUUCAAGAUUUGUUGGGAGCAUCAUCAGCCAAUGCUGAAAUGCCAAUAAACGGAAAACAGUCAGAUGCAAUGCGUAUACGAGAGCUGGAAUCUGAGUUGCGGAUUGCUAAGGAAGUCUCCGUGCGGCUUCACAAUGAGCUCGAAAAUGCCGAAGAAAAACGAUAUAAACUGGAAGUAAGCUAA